UCCCGCCUCUGAAGUCAGGGAGGUUUAAAUUGACUACAGCGCGCUUCCCCUUCACCCUGAACAUGUGUUGAGAUCUUUGAAUCUUAACGUGGAAUCUAGUAACUCUGCGGCUCACUGGUCUCAUUUGGAAAAGAAAAAUAGAGACCAUCGCGUUUUAAACCCUCGCUGAACUGCGGAUUAGUGGAGAGCGGCUAGUGUCUGUGAACGCUGUGUUUUCAGUUUUCAGCUGCUGCAUUUGUAUCAGCCAACGUUCAAUAAAAUUUAGAAUAGACAUUUGGAAACUGACUUUUCAUUUGUACACCGGACUGAUCCUUUCAAUCAGUUUAUCCCUCAUCAGCUUACUGCACCGUGGAUUUGGAGAAGAUGAAGACACUCUUUAUUACGUGCGCCUUGAUCGCGCUCAUGCCAGCCUGUUUGACCUCAUACGUGCCUUGCGAACCAUGCGAUCAGAAGGCGCUGUUCAUGUGUCCACCUGUACCCACAAGUUGCCAGGUGGUGAAGGAGCCGGGCUGCGGCUGCUGCUUGACAUGCGCGCUGCUGGAAGGACAAGAGUGCGGCGUUUAUACGGCAAAGUGCGCCGCAGGUCUGCGCUGUCUACCUCGCCUCCGUGAGAAGAAGCCGCUGCAGGCGCUGUUACACGGCAAGGGGGUGUGCUUAAACGACAAGAGCGACAAGCCGGUCCGGGAUCAAAAUUCGAAUAUCCUUGGCCCAGUGACUGAAGAUCUGCUUCACCCUUCCAAUGUGAGAUUUUUUCCUCAAGACCACAUAAACAACAAGAAGGUCCUGGCUGUUCAUAAAGACAAGAAAAAGUUACAGUCUAAGCUCAGGACCAUGGGCUUUUUUGACACCUCCACUCUGAGCAUAGAGAAGGCUCAGCAAGAAAUAGGACUGUGUCGGGAGAAACUAGACAUAAUUGUCAGGAGGAUGAAGGACAUGCCCCGAGUGAUGACUAUGUCUCUCUACUUGCCAAACUGUGACAAGAAAGGCUUCUUCAAGCGCAAACAGUGUAAGCCCUCCAGGGGGCGAAAGAGAGGCAUUUGUUGGUGUGUAGACAAAUAUGGGGCCAUGGUGCCAGAAACCGACUCCAGAGGAGGCAGCGUCCAGUGCAGAGACACAGAGAACAGCAGUAAAAACAAAUGAAGAGUUUUGUUCUUGAUUGCAGGUCUUUGAUAACUUUUGCCAUGAUCUGUUAACUGUUAAAUCAUUUAAAUAAUCUGUUAAAGCCUCUCAUAAACAUAUGUAUAGAUAAAGAUAGAAUACAACUUUG